GCCACCAGCACCUAUGUUGAUGACGGCGGCUACGUCGUCACCCCCACCGGAUGUACAAACUUGAAUCAAGAAGUCGAGCUGGGCGUUGUAAUUGGGAAGCAAGCCAAAAACGUUGAUAAAGCUAAUGCCAUGGAAUAUGUCGGAGGACGAAGC